UUGGGGUUUCCUCAUGGAAUUCCCUUGUGGAAUCGCCUUGUGUCCCUGCAGCGUCUUCCCCCGAGGACCCCGCGAUGCCGCGCUGAGCUGGGAAGAGCCUUCCCUUGCCCACAGGUCCUCGCCAUGUUCACCAAGAAGAAGAAGCGUUUGGAGAUCUCGGCUCCCUCCAACUUCGAGCACCGCGUCCACACCGGCUAUGACCAGCACGAGCAGAAGUUCACAGGGUUGCCCCGGCAAUGGCAGGGCCUCAUCGAGGAGUCAGCCAAGCGCCCCAAGCCCCUGGUAGAUCCCGUCUGCAUCACCACCAUCCAGCACACUUCCCAGAAGACCAUCGUCCGGGGCAGCAAAGCCUCCAAGGACGGCUCCUUGACCUGGCUCCUGGAUGAGUUUGAGAACAUGUCCGUGUCCCGUUCCAAUUCCCUGCGCAGGGACAGCCCCCCCUUCCCGCCCCGCCGCCACCAGCUCCACCAGGAGAACGGCCUCUCCCAAGGCCCAGCCUCAGCUCCAGCCCAAGAAGAUGCCGGGAGGAGCCGGAAGAGCCGCCCCGGGGCCGGGAAUGGGGUAGAACAGGGCAAGGAGAGACCUUGGGACAAGGAGGAGCACCAUGGCCAGCACCAGGCUCACCAGUGCCCCGCUCCCAAAGCCACUCCCGGCGGCCGCCCACCUCCCGACUAUCCCAAAGCACCCCUGGAGAGGGACUCCAAGCAGGAGCGGGUGCUGCGGCGGGAGCGCCCCGAAGCCACUGAGAAGCGCCCCAAGUCCACCUUGGGUGCUGGUGGGAGCAGCCCCCCAUCCCCCCGGGACAAGCGCCCGCUCUCUGGGCCCAGUAUCCGCACUCCCAACAUUCCCAUCUCGGAAGGGGUGAUGAAAACAGCUCAACAGACCGGGCGGGCCUUCAACACCUACCCCCGGGCUGAGACCGACCCCGGCCCGCAGGCAGAGCAGCGACCGGGCCGGCCACAGGAGCUGGCCUCCAGUGGCCCUGCCAACGCCUCCCGAGCUCCAGCCCGCUCAAGGCAGGAGACGCCCCCCCAUCCACACCUCACCCCCCACGCCUCUGAUCCCCAACUGGCCCGGCAGCCCCCCCACCCCGGCCCUGCACCAGCUCCAGCCCCCCCAGCGGCAGGAGGACCCCAGCGGGAGCCCCAGCGUGUGUCCCACGAGCAGUUCCGGGCAGCGCUGCAGAUGGUGGUGGACCCGGGGGACCCGCGCACCUACCUGGACAACUUCAUCAAGAUCGGGGAGGGCUCCACCGGCGUCGUCUGCAUCGCCACCGUGCGCAGCUCGGGCAAGCUGGUGGCCGUCAAGAAGAUGGACCUGCGCAAACAGCAGCGGCGUGAGCUGCUCUUCAAUGAGGUGGUGAUCAUGAGGGAUUACCAGCAUGAGAAUGUGGUGGAGAUGUACAACAGCUACCUGGUGGGCGACGAGCUCUGGGUGGUCAUGGAAUUCUUGGAAGGCGGCGCCUUGACCGACAUCGUCACCCACACCAGGAUGAGCGAGGAGCAGAUCGCCGCCGUCUGCUUGGCCGUCUUGAAGGCCCUCUCUGUCCUGCACGCCCAAGGGGUCAUCCACCGCGACAUCAAGAGUGACUCCAUCCUCCUGACGCACGACGGGCGGGUGAAACUCUCGGACUUCGGGUUCUGCGCCCAAGUGAACAAGGAGGUGCCGCGCCGCAAGUCCCUGGUGGGGACGCCCUAUUGGAUGGCACCAGAGCUCAUCUCCCGCCUCCCCUAUGGACCAGAGGUGGAUAUCUGGUCCUUGGGUGUAAUGGUCAUAGAGAUGGUCGAUGGGGAGCCGCCGUACUUCAAUGAGCCACCCCUCAAGGCCAUGAAGAUGAUCCGGGACAACCUGCCCCCCAAGCUUAAGAACAUUCAUAAGGUUUCUCCAUCCCUCAAAGGCUUCCUGGACCGGAUGCUGGUGCGGGACCCAGGCCACCGCGCCACGGCCACCGAGCUGCUGAAGCACCCGUUCCUGGGCAAGGCAGGGCCCCCCUCGGCCAUCGUCCCCCUCAUGCGCCAGAACCGCCUGCGGUGAGGCCGCUGCCGCCACCAUCCUCAUCCUCACCACGCUGGGACUCUGCUUGGUGGCCCCCGGAACACACGUACUACUGAGGGAGGGGGCAAGCCCACUGUGAGCAGCCCCACCGCAGUCUUGGGGGGGCAGGGGGGGCCUCCUCAGCCUUGGGGAGCUAUUUGGUGGAGGUCCCUAACUUCGUUCUCCUUCUAACCCCCACUUUUUUAGCCCCAUCCGCCCAUGCGGUGUCUCCAAAGUGGGGUGGGGCACCCCCAAACUCCAACCCUAUGGCCACACUACUGAUUCAGGGGGUCCCCUACCCCAAAUGUGGGGUUGGGGUUCCCCUACCCCAAACAUGGAUCUUGGGGUUCCCCCACCCCAAACAUGGAUCUUGGGGUUCCCAUAACCCCAGACCUGGUUCUUGGGGGGUUUUGGGUGGGUUUUUCCCCCCAUUUUGUUUUUUAAAGCUAUUUAUAUUGUUGUUUUGUAGCGCCGCGGUUUGGGGGGGCCCCGGGGCUGGCACAUGGGGGGUCCCCCCAAGAUUCCACAUGUCCUUUUGGAGACA